AUGGAAGGCCAUUUUAAUGAGCCUCCUCCACCGGGAACUCAAUACCACCCAAGUUCAUUGCCGGUUUCAUCUUCUUAUAAUGCAUCCUUCUCGGGGCCCAUGUUUUCUUCCUCAGAAACUUAUAAUGCUCAGUAUAUCAGAACCGAUCAGCCUCCUAAUGGGUCCAAUGGUUACCAUGUGCAGUCUGAGAGGGUUAAUGAUAUUGAGGCUCUUGCUCAGAAUGCUGUGCUGCAUGAACAAGAAAUCGAGACACAAAUGGUCAUAAAGAACCAGAGAGAUUCGAACACUGCCACUGGAGCUUCUGAGGACAGUAAAGAUAUUUUGUAUGGACGCCAUGAUCCGAAUGCUCUUAAGGAGCAUUUACUGAAGAUGACUACACAACAUCGUACAGAAAUGGCCUUAAAACAUGGCAAGCCCACCCAUAUGGAGGAAGCCAAUCUGGAUAUUGGAAAUGGAUAUGGCGUGCCUGGCGGCGGUGCUUAUAACAUGUCUUCUAUGAACAAUAGUAAAACACCUGGAAGCAAAGGCGCCGAUGGCCAGAGGAGAAGCCAAACGAAUGCAGAUAACAGUGGCGAAUCUGGAAAGGAGUCAAUGACUAACGACUUGCCUGAAUAUCUCAAGCAAAAGUUGAGAGCAAGAGGUAUUCUGAAAGAUAAUCAAAAUGCAGAAAAUCGUUCAACGUCAGAAAAUAGAUUGGAAGCUCAGCCAACUCAGGUGGCAGCAGAAGGGAAUCUACCCCCAGGAUGGAUUGAAGCAACUGAUCCUGGAAGUGGUGCUCUAUUUUAUUAUAACUCGAGUUCAGGGACAAGUCAGUGGGAAAGACCUACAGAGGCCGCUCCAGUUUCUGCUGCUGCAACACCAUCCCUUUCAGAAGAUUGGAUAGAGUCAUUUGAUGAAGCAUCAGGUAUACCGUAUAUAUAG